GCGAUACAUCUGUUCCCGCUUCUGUAUUCCCGCCAAAGUCUGAUGACAUCCAAUGACUGCUCGUCACAUCAAACUGAUUGAAAUAACGGCAACGAAUAGAUAGAGCAGCAUACGCAAAGUGCAUAAGCAAAAGUGAUUUGGUAUUUUUCAUCGUUCAUUCUUUCAUUUUUGUCUUGGAUGACGUGUUCUCACAUUUCAGCUUGGUCUUGUAUUCAUCUUAACCUCUAAUCUUCGUCCAGAAUUCGAUCUUCAUUCCAAUCAUCAUUCUACGAUUCUGAUUAUUUCUCUUAUCUAACAACGAAAACUUCAUUCAGUUAAUAUGUCUAUUAAAUUAAAAACUUUAGACGGGAAAAAGAUAUCGCUGAAAGUUACCAGAUGUACCACCGUGGAAGAGUUAAAGUGUGAAGUUGAAAAACAGCUGAAUGUUAAAAAGGACUUUCAACGAUUAUUUUUUUCUGGAAAACAAUUAGAAAGUGGGUAUCAUCUUGCUAAUUACAAUAUUAAAUUUAAUGACACCAUAUUGCUUAUGAUAAAGACAUUACUAAAUGAUGUUGAGGACAAAGAAAAUACAAAAGAGGAAAAAGUGAACGAAGAAAAAGCAUUAGAAAAAGAAGCACUAGAAACAAAUUUAGAAAAAGCUGAGAGUUUAUAUUACAAAAUUGGUGAUGCAGUUGAUUGCAUGUAUGACAAGACUGGUGCCUGGUAUGAAGCUAUUAUAGAAAAUAUUUAUAAAAAAGAAGCUCAAAUGUUCUAUAAAAUAUCAUGGGAGUUUGAUAAUACAUUGUGCCCUGACGAUAUAGCCGAAAUAUAUAUACGACCGCGUGCACAACGUUCUAUAUUAUUUGACGAAUUAUCCAUUGGUCAAAAAGUCAUGAUUAAUUAUAACUUGGAUAAUGCUGAGAAAAUUGGACUGUGGUAUGACUUCACUGUAACUGAUAUAAUAACGAAAAGAAAAUUACGGGAGUUGUUUGGACAAUUGCAUAUCAACAGCGAUACUGCUCUUUCCAUUCGAAAGAGAGUCAAAGAAGAGAUAUACGCUAUAGAAGCACCCAAAUUAUUAACAGAGAGAACUGCAGAAGACAAACGAUUAAUGAUGAGUAACGGCAAACGCAGACCUACAGUUCCUAAUUGUGAUGAGUGCGAGGACAAUCCUGAUGAAGAAUGUCGAAAGUGCGGCUGUAAAAUCUGUGCAGGCAAAGAAGAAGAGGAUACACUUUUGAUUUGCGAUGAGUGCGAUUGUAUGUUUCAUAUGAAAUGCCUGAACCCACCACUUCUAAAACUGCCAGAAGAAACUGAUUGGUAUUGUCCUGGAUGCAAAAUCGAUGAAAACGAAAUUGUCAAGGCAGGAGACAAAUUGAAAAAGACAAAAAAAAAAUUUAUCUGCUCUGAAAAGGAGCGAAAAUGGGGUGGUGGAAUGGCUUGUGUUGGGAGACAAAAAGUCUGCGGCCUUGUUUCUUCUGAUUAUAGUGGAGAAAUUCCAGGUGUGGAUGUUGGUACUACUUGGAUGUUUAGAAUACAGGUUUCGGAAGCGGGAGUGCAUAGACCGCCCGUAGGUGGCAUCCAUGGACGAGAAAAUGAUUGUGCAUAUUCUAUUGUUUUGUCGGGUGGAUAUGCGGAGGACUACGACAACGGUGAUGAGUUUUUAUACAGCGGCUCGGGUGGUAGAGAUUUGUCAGGUAACAAAAGAACCAAUUCACAAAGCAAAAAUCAGGUACUACAAAGAAUGAAUUUGGCAUUAGCUAAGAAUUGUAAUGCUUCCAUAAAUGAAAAGAUUGGUGCGUCGGCUGGGAAUAAUUGGAGACAUGGGAAACCAGUUCGAGUUGUACGCAAUUAUAAAUUAGGAAAAUUUAGUAAAUAUGCACCGGAGGAAGGUAACAGAUACGAUGGUUUAUAUAAAGUAGUGAAAUAUUAUCCUGACACAAGUAACGGUUUUCUUAUAUGGAAGUAUGUAUUAAGAAGAGACGAUCCUACUCCUGCACCGUGGACCAAAGAAGGAAAAAAGAGAAUAGAAUUUCUUGGUCUAAAGAUGUUAUAUCCUGAUGGAUAUCUGAAUCAAGAAAAUAAUAUGAAAAAAAAAAUCUCAGCUAAGAAACGAUCCAUCAGUGACAGUGAUGAAGAAGGCAGUAUUCCUAUUAAGAAAUCCAAGAAGUCUAAGUUAGUUUUUGAUUUGGAGGAUAAAUUGAAAAAUUUAAUAGAAAAUGAUAAAGUAAAUGCUAAAUUAUGGGAUGAGUGUAGAGCAACGUUAAUCAAUGGGAAACCUGCUUUUUUGGAUUGUGUCUCAGAGAGAUUUAAAUGUGUUUGCUGUCUUGGGAUACUUUACAAUCCUGUAACGACACCUUGUAAACAUAACAUUUGUUUAAAAUGUUUAAAACGGAGUUUUGCUUCCGAGAUUUAUUUUUGUCCUGUAUGUCGAUACUCUCUAGGUAAUACUUAUGAUAUGAAGGUCAAUGAGACAUUAUCAUCUGCAUUAUUAUUAAUUUAUCCUGGUUAUCAAGGUGAACGAUAAUAUCGUCUUUAUUAAAUUAUUAAUAUUGACUUGCUUAUUUUAUAUUAUUUGUUCGGAUCAUAGAGUU